CGCCCGGGUGGCAUCCCAUGCCGCUCCCUCCUUGUGCAUCCCGCUUGGCCACCUGGCCGGGCCCGGGCCUUGGAGGCCGGGCAGGAGGCACCGUCCCAGCAUGGGCUUUGCUCCUGCCUCUGACUGGCACCUGCAGAAACACCGAGCCCCCAGCUCCACCGUGACCAGACGAGGCGACUCCCCACUCGCCGGGGGCAGAAGCCACGUUCUCCUUUGUGCUGCCGUCCGUAGGCUCUCUGCCCUGAGCCCGGGAGAGGAGGUGGUGUGGUGGGAGCUCAGGUUGCAAUUGGCCAAAAGUUUAAGUGUUCUGUCUCCUCACUGCAAAGCUGAAGCUUUUCCAAGAUGGGUGGGUGCUUAACUGAAUUAGUGUUAGUUAAUAGAACUUCCAGCGCAAAGCCCUACGAAACACCACACUAAACUCCAACCGAGAAUUAAACUGGAUAUCUCAUUUAGCCAUUGAGAUUUUGACGUUAAGUAUUGGGAUAUCUUCAGACGUUAUCGUAUCGGAAAUACUACUGGUCCUUAGGUGUUGGUCAACACAGUUGCCGCUCUGAUCCCCAGAAUGAUAUGCCUGCCUUCAUUAGAAAGUACAAGCCAGUUUUCUUGUUAAAGAUGAUCGGAAAGAGGCAUUUUGAAAGCUUUCCUAUAGGAUUUCUAGCAGGAGAAAAACUUGUGCUCAUGUAUUAAACAUUUAGUAACUGACGGUAGGAAUGAGUUGUUUUGAAUGCAGUUUUUUCACUCUUAACUGUGCUUCAGCUUUUUGUCUGAAGUAAACAUUUGUAUUUUGUCUAAAAGUCCUUGUUAAUUUUAUUCUUUAAAUUUACCUUUUGUUGAAACAAUGAAGGAGUAGCAACCUAAAGCCUUUUUGAAAAUUGUAAUGAUGUUGCUAAUGGCUUCCUUGAAUCACAAAUCUUUAUUCCCUUCUGAAGCUUCCUGUUUAGCUUCCUUCCUGGAAUUUACAGAAUAACCUCAGGUGGUCUUUCAAAUUUACUUCAAGGCUCCUUACUUUUCAUCAGCCUUCUUGCUGCUGCCUUUUUGAUUAUUUUCAGUAGAAGAGGUAUAUGUAUACAUAAGAAAUUGGAAAGAAAUUCUUUGAUUAGUUUAUAAAACUGUAUAUGCUUUGAGUAUCUUUGGAAAUUUACACUGGCACUUAGUAACUUUGCUUGCCUCUGGAAAGCGUGGGGGGUGGUUUUACUUUUUAAAAAGACUUAAAUUUGGUUCCAGGUGAAGGUACUACUUAUUCAAUAAAUAAAAAUAAUAGUUGAGUAGAAGAGCUGGAAAAUUGUCAGACACUUAUACUUACAAGCCACUUACCUUAUUGGUAUUUUAAAAUGACAUCUAGAGGAAAUGGGAUUCAACUGAGAUCUUCACAUGUACAGCUUCUACUUAAUGGAUUUUCCAUUUAAAUUAUUCUUUAAAUUGGUGGAAGGUUCCAGGACUCUAAUGAGUUGACCUCUUGUACAAGUAUGCAUACUUGCUAUAACACUUGAAGAGAGCAUUUUUAGAGAAGAACAAAGCCUUGUUAAGUAAGCCCUCUAGGAAAGGAGGACUUUGUGUCAAGAGUUCCACCCCAUUUAUGGUGCUUAGGGUCAGAGGGUAGGUGAAUGUGACAGAUACCAGGCAAUUUGCACAGGGUUCUUUUUCUUGAUUUUUUUUUUAAAUCAAUCUUUCCCUGGAGAAGGGAGCUGAGUAAAGCCUACAUAGGAAUAUUCUUUUUGACAGUUUAGAAAUAAGCUGAACAUAAAAAGUGAAAAUUAUCAAUUGAUCAAAUCACUGUUAGUAAAAGUUAAUCAGAUUACUCAACUAUUGCCAUGACUUCAAAUCAUGGAAACACAUGAAGAUGGAUCCAGAAAUAGAGUAUGAUGUCACAGAUCUUUGUUUAUUUUGUUUACUCCUGUCCUAAGCACUUGGAUUAAGAACUUUGGGAUCUUGGCUUCAUUGCUUAUUCUUCAUGUUUUACUGUUGAUUGGCACAGCUUAUUCCCUUUAGGAUAGCAAGCACUUUUGAAGGUUGCUUGCCUUUGUUGAUUUAAAAAUUUGCUAAAUUCUCUUUGUUUUGAUUUAAAAGAAAAAGUUAAUCCCUCAUUAAAAAAAAAACCAGCAACAGACUUCAACUUCGAAGAUUUUUUUAAAACUAUCUUACAGCAAUAAAUGUCACGAACUGUUUGAACACGGGGGCCUAGUGAUAUUUGGUGCAAUCUUUGAUUUUACUGAUAAGGAACUUGGGCUCAGAGGUAAGUCAGGUGACUGAAGGUCACUUUUGGAGCAGAAUUUAGGACUUAGUUUAACUCAGUGCUCAAUGUGAUUCAUGAAUGUUAAUAUGAAAUUCCUAGAAAAAGCAGUGACUAGAAAUGACAAUGACUAAAAAUAUGGAUUUAUUAGGUUAAUGAAGUUGGGAGAAAGAGUCCAGUUUUAAAAAAGAUUUUAUUUUUUAGUAAACUGUGGUUAUAUUAGAACCUCUCUUUUAAAGCUAAUUCGUCUAACAGUCUUUUAUGUUAUGUCAAAUGCCAAAACUACUUUUUUAAGGCUCCCCCCCCCCGCCAAUUCAAGUUAUCUUUAAAACUACCAUCCUGUAACUCCUUAAAUCCCCUUCACAUAAAACACAUGAACCUAAAGACUAACUCAUUCACCACUUAGUGUUUACUAAGCCCAGGCGCUUUCGUUGGAAAAUACAUUUAUGUUGUUAUGAUGCUCUGUGACGUCAUACUUUAUUUCUGGAUCUGUAGUCAUUGUCUCAUGAUUUGAAGUCAUGGUUUAGAGUAACGUUUUCAUCUGUAAUACCAAUUUUUGUAAACCGAUACUGCCUGUUAGAUGAUUGAUAUAUUUCUGAAGUGGAUGCGUUUUGCAAAUUGUUGAUGCUCUGAAGUACGUAUUAGGUGAAUUGACUUUUUUUAGUAGUAUUUAAGUAUGUUCCUUCGUAACAUAAUCAUGUUUUCUUAAGUAAGAUUGGGUUUUACUGGAUUUAGCAUCAGUAAAUUUGAAAAUUCCCAAGCUAAAUAUUUGCAUAAAUGACAACAAAAUCAUUUACCUCCACCUUUCACCUAAUAGGUGGCCAGCAUCGAAAUGUUCAACCAUUUAGUGAUGAAGAUGCCUCGAUUGAAACAAUGAGCCACUGCAGUGGGUACAGCGACCCCUCCAGUUUUGCUGAAGAUGGACCAGAAAUCCUCGACGAGGAGGGAACUCAAGAAGACUUGGAGUAUAAGUUGAAGGGGUUCAUUGACCUGACCCUGGAUAAGAGCGCGAAGACGAGGCAGGCAGCUCUUGAAGGUAUUAAAAAUGCACUGGCUUCAAAAAUGCUUUACGAAUUCAUUCUGGAAAGAAGAAUGACUUUAACUGAUAGCAUUGAACGCUGCCUGAAAAAAGGUAAAAGCGAUGAGCAGCGUGCAGCCGCAGCGUUAGCGUCUGUUCUUUGUAUUCAGCUGGGCCCUGGAAUUGAAAGUGAAGAGGUUUUAAAAACUCUUGGACCGAUCCUGAAGAAAAUAAUUUGCGAUGGAGCCGCUAGCGUCCAGGCCAGGCAGACUUGUGCGACUUGCUUUGGCGUUUGCUCUUUUAUUGCCACAGACGACAUUACUGAGCUGUAUUCGAGUCUGGAGUGUUUGGAGACCGUCUUCACCAAGUCUUGUCUCAAAGAGAAGGACACACGUGUCGUGGGCAGCGCCUCCGGUGCGGGGCUGCAGGUCAGUGCGCUCCUCGCGUGGACGCUGCUGCUGACCGUGUGCCCCGUCAGCGAAGUGAAGAAAAGGCUGGAGAUGCAUUUCCACAAACUGCCAAGCCUCCUGUCUUCCGAUGACGUGAACCUGAGAAUAGCUGCUGGGGAAUCUUUGGCGCUUCUGUUCGAAUUGGCCAGAGGAAUGGAGAGUGACUUCUUUUACGAAGACAUGGAGUCUCUGACUCACACGCUCAGGGCUUUGGCCACAGAUGGGAAUAAGCACCGGGCCAAAGUGGAGAAGCGGAAGCAGCGCUCGGUGUUCCGAGACGUCCUGCGGGCGGUGGAGGAACGGGAUUUUCCAACAGAAACGGUUAAAUUCGGUCCUGAACGCAUGUAUAUUGAUUGCUGGGUCAAAAAACACACCUAUGACACCUUUAAGGAGAUUCUGGGAUCCGGGAUGCAGUACCACCUGCAGUCAAAUGAAUUCCUUCGCAAUGUGUUUGAACUUGGACCCCCGGUGAUGCUUGAUGCUGCAACGCUUAAAACGAUGAAGAUUUCUCGUUUUGAAAGGCAUUUGUACAAUUCUGCAGCCUUCAAAGCGCGGACCAAAGCUCGGAGCAAGUGCCGCGAUAAGAGAGCAGACGUCGGAGAGUUCUAGGCCCUCGGCGCCCGGGACCCUUCGCGCUCCCUUCCGGGACCCUUCUCGCUCCCUUUGCGUUUCCCUUUUGUGAUUUCUGAUGUGUUUAAACUCGAGACAGUUUUUAUCUUGGGUCACAAUAGAUAGUUUUUAUAGCAGGGGUUAUAUUACUUGUACAGUAUUACAGAUGGUGAGUUCUGAUUAUUGAAUAUUCUCUGUAAAUGUAAUCAGCAAACAUGAAUAAAUUGUAAUGUUUGGUCAUUUUCUAUUUAUGAAGAGAGUAAAAAUAUGGUAUUUCAUGAUAAGAAAACUAUUAGCCAACAUUAAAUGUCUUACACUGUG